CAUCCUAUAACUACUUCCAACAAGGGGUUGGUACUCUUUCAUAUUAUUUUGGUCUAGAAACAAUAAUGGCUGAGGAGAAAGCAGGAAAUACUCCAACCCUAAUCCAUGAUCAUGUCUAUAGGAUCAGCACAGAAGAAGAAUGGAAGGAGCUGCAGAGGACUGGGUCCAUUUUUGGAGGGGAUUUGGACAAACAGACGGGAUGCAUCCAUCUAAGCACGAUCGAACAGGUAAAAGCUGUUCUAAACAACUUCUUUCGUGGACGGGAGGGUCUAUACUUGCUUCAAAUUGACGCUAGAAAGCUUGGAAAUGGUUUGAUAUAUGAAGCCGUAGAUGAUGUCAACUUCUUCCCUCAUUUUUAUGGGCCUGACAGGAGUUUUAGGCCCCUUAGGCUUGAUGUUGUACUUAAGGCAGAGAAAUUAAGCUGGUCACAAGGGGAAUUUACUUGUAGUUUUCUCAUUUGAAAUCUUUGGUUAAUUUACAGACUUCAGGCUUGAUGUUGUACUUAAGGCAGAGAAAUUAAGCUGGUCACAAGGGGAAUUUACUUGUAGUUUUCUCAUUUGAAAUCUUUGGUUAAUUUACAGACUUCAUGCGAGGUAAAUUUACUUUGUUUUUUCCAAUUAACUGGUUAUUUAAGCUACAAA